CCCCUUGAGCGGCUAUCAUUACACUAGCAGAGCCAAAACAAGUCGGGAGGAGAAGGCAUGAAUACAAUGACUGCUGAAAUCAUAAAAGACAUCUCCCAGCCCGACUCACCUGUCUCCUCAGCACCAGAAAACGGACAGCUGUUGUUCAUCCGAAGCGUCGCGUCCAGGAGGGACACGCAGACCACCAGCGGCAGCGCCAACCUCGAGGAGGGCAGCUCCCAGCCCCUGGUCUCCUCCUCAGCCACAGCUCAGCCUCAGUCUUACACCAUGACAUCGGGCGAAUUCAUGCAGUCCACCCCUCUGUUCGUGCAGAGGUCUAAUAAGAACCUGUUUUAUAAGAUCCUGUGUUUCCUCGUGCUCGUUCUCCAAGGAGGCAUGCUGGAUUUCUACCUCAUCAUCUUCACGGAUCUCUACUGGUGCUCGUGGAUAGCCACGGAUCUGGUGGUUAUAUCAGGAUGGGCGAUCUUCUUCAUGAAAAACGCCAGGAGUAAGAGAGAACGAGCUUGUGGUUUCCAUCAGAAGAGCUCCAUCUUUGGAUGCAACCUCGGGGAGUUCACCUUUGCGUACCUGGCAUGGCUCAUCUACGUGAUCGCAUCCACCCCAAAAGUGGUGCUCGUUUUGGAAACGUCCAUCCUGGAUCUGAUCGCCCUGAAGGUGCCAUUUGGCAUCACCGGGUUUAAAAUAACCAUGCUGCUGUGCGCGCCUUUGCUUUACUGCCUCAUCAACUCCAUCAUUGAAGAUCCCAACGGCGCCACGCGCUUUCGUUCCCAAGGCUGCUUCAUGAGCACCUGCUUAGACAUCCUGGACAGCUUCACGCUGGUGGAACUGCUCCUUAAAAACGAAAUCCCCAACAUAUACCUUAGGUACACGGUUAUAUCCGUGUAUUUCAUCGCACUGGGCGUUCCAGUUGUUUGGCUUUACGAGUUGACGGCCUCAGAGAUGAACUGUCGCUGGAUAUGGGCGAGGUUCUUCACCGGCGUGCUGCUCAACGCACCGCUCUUGGGGGUCAGAUGUUUCCUCGUCUUUGUUUACAAAACGCCCAUAUCGGUUUUCAUGUUCAAGAACAUCUUCUUCUUGGGGUGUAAGUGCCUGGAGCUUGUCGAACAGUGCAUGUCCUCAAGAGGUGUCCGGAGGUUUGCACGUGGACGCGGGGGCAACCCAGCCCAGUUCUCCCACUGCGUUUCCGAAAACGACAUGUGUCCUCACGGCUAUGUGAACACGCUGGCUGUCAAUACUCAGUCGUAGAUGCUCAUUAGGGACUGGCGUUGACCGGAGGCCACGUACUACACAGUGUGCAUCAGCCCUUUUAAAGGGAGGUACUACAGAUGCUAACAUUCCUUUCAUUUUAAUCAAAAUACUGAUAAAAACACA